GCGAAAGCCGGCGGCGAGCAGCAGCGAUGGAGGCGGCGGCCGGGCAGCGGGCAGCAGCGGAGAGCGCGGACGGGGCGGCCGCACCCCGGGCGGAGCCGGCGGCCAGAGAUUCCUCUCCUGUCUCAGAUGAACCAGUUUCAGAUGCAUCGGAACCGAAGACAUCGCCAUCGUCCGAGGGUUCCUUGGAGUUGUCAUCUCACCCAGCUGCUGCAGCUCCAGAGCCUGUCACAGGUGAGGAAGAAGCCAAACCUCAGGCAGCUUCUACCAAGGGCAAGAUGCAGGUCUUCACAUCUACAUCUGCAAAAUCCUCAACAGCUAGGCCUCAGGCUGCCGCCCACUCUAAGAGGGCCAUUAAAGCUCCCAGUGCCAGUUCCAGAAUACCUCUCGGCCCCGUCGCCAGCCCAAAAAGACAUCUCUCCUCGAUAAACCACGGUGGCACGGGAGCUAAAGUGCCUACAGCAAAGCCUCGUGAACCUGUGCCAGAGGCCAGCAGGAGUCGACUGCCAGCAGCAAAAGGGUCAAAGACCACGGCCAAACCUCCGGCCACUCAGAAGGAAUCUGGUCAAUCACCAGAUCACCGGCGGGCAACAGGGGACUCUCCAGCCAAGCCGGGUGGGAGUGGAUGCAGCAGCCCGGGAGCUCCUGGGACACCGAGCAGCCGUUCCCGUACUCCCUCACAGCCGCCCUCUGGCUCAGGCAAGGACGUAAAGAAGGUGGCUGUUGUACGCACUCCCCCAAAAUCCCCGGCCGCUGCCAAGGCACGUCUGGCCCCCGUCUCUGCACCCAUGCCGGACCUGAAAAAUGUCAAGUCAAAGAUUGGAUCUACAGAUAACAUUAAACACACCCCUGGUGGGGGCAAGGUGCAAAUCGUACACAAAAAGGAAGAUUACAGCACUGUGCAGUCAAAGUGUGGUUCCAAGGACAAGAUCAGACACAUCCCAGGAGGUGGAAAUGUACAAAUUACAAACAAGAAGAUCGAUCUGAGUCAUGUGUCGUCAAAAUGUGGAUCAAAGGAUAAUAUCCAUCACAAACCAGGUGGUGGCAAUGUGGAGAUCAAGUCACAGAAAGUGGACUUCAAAGAGAAAGCCCAGUCCAAAAUUGGAUCGAUGGACAACAUCAGCCACACACCAGGAGGGGGCACCAAGAAGAUUGAAUCUCACAAGCUGACGUUCCGUGAGUCAGCUAAAGCUCGCACAGAUCAUGGUGCAGAAAUUGUCUACAAAUCCCCGACCCCUUCCACCGAGGGCUCUCCUUGCCGACUCAGCAACGUGUCGUCCACUGGCAGCAUCAACAUGAUGGAGUCUCCGCAGCUUGCCACUCUCGCUGACCAGGUCUCGGCCUCUUUGGCCAAGCAGGGCUUGUGACUGUUGUUUUGAAGCAAGUUUGAAGUUUUGCAACUGGCUAAACCGAGUUGGUGUCUGAUCUUUCAGUCACUGCCUCUGGGUUUGCUCGCAUACCUGACCAGUUACAGACAGUGGUGCUUUGUUGUCUUUUGUGUGUUAAUUCUUGAUCUGCGUUCUUUAGGCUUUUUGAGAAGUCUGGGACUUUAGAAGUAGCAUGUCCCUUUAUUUAGAGAGUAGUGGUUAAAGUACAGAAAUGGCUGAAAUGUUAUGACUGGUAAAGUAACGAUUUGAAACUUGUUCAAGGGAAAUGGUGGCCUUUAUCUCAAGGGGCCUGAAACCCAGCGGUAGAAGCUCCCGGAAGUUACACAAACCUCUGAUUAGAGCCCAUAUUCUGUUCUAGCACUGCGACUGGAAGGGCUUGGGAGGGGUUGAAGCGUUUGUUCACCAGUAUGGUACUGAGGGUAAAAUGGUUGAAUUGCAAGAACCGCUGGCAGAGGCGAAGCUUGCACUCCCUUUUGGUGAUCUUACUGAAACGUUUCGAAGAUGAUUAAAGGAAUAGAGCGCGGGGCAGAGUAUUGGAAUUGGAGCCAGGCUGUUCAGAGGUCGUGUCAGGAAACACUUCCACACACAGAGAAGGCUGCAGACCUUUAGAAAGGUGCACUGGGGAAGUGAGGGGAACUGACUUUGAUUUUUGUAACCACAGGUAUUAAUGGUUAGGGAACCAAGGCAAAGGAAUGAAGUUAGACCAGUGAUUAACAAUGAUUUCACUGGAUGUUAAAGCAACUGAAGGAGAGACAGAGAUCUUCCUGCCUGUUCCCUCGGAUUAUCUGAUUCAUCCAGUGACAAGAAUGAGUUGGUUCAAUCAGGAACUCACAUGGUCUUCAGAGUCCCCCAUUCAGCGUAUCCCACACUUGACUUGGAUGCUGACCCUGUAGUGUCCUGUGUAGUCAGUGCACCCACCCCAUAGGGAUCUGCCGAAGUAACCCCUUCAGGAGUUGUUCUCUGACUUUGGCAUUCGCUCGGAUUAGGAAGUGGUGUAGAACAUGCCGGAAUGCUGCUGUCUGAGGUCCCAGCUCCCACCACUGGUCCCAGGAAGGAACCUGAGCCUCACUUCAUGGAAGACCCCUCUGUGCUCCAAUAGCUCAGUUGGGCUUUCACCAUGUACUGUAUAACCCCUAAACAGCAUUCAGUUGCUUGGCAUUUGAAUUAUUUCUAAUGAGUGUGAAAAUACACUUCCAGAUAUCGAGGUGAAAGCUCCAGAUCUGAUCUACAGAUUAGACCUCUUCUCGAAUCCCCAACACACGGAAUAAUUUUGCUACUGAUUCCUUUAAUCAUCUUAAGCACUUCAAUUAAGUCACCACUUCAACAUUUAUACCACAAAAAUACAGAUUUGUCGAUGUCCCUUAUCCUUUUUAACCAUUUUAGCUCCAUUACCGUUCUGGUAGAUGUGGAGAAGAUGUGGGAAAUACCUGGCAGUGUAAAAUCCAAAGCAGAGGUUGACCGGGGGCCCAGGAAGGAGACCCCAGCCCAGUAACAGAUUCAAUGACCCCCACCCCACUUCCCCAGAGACCUUUCCUUAUCCUGGUCUGCCAUUUGGUUCCUGCCACUUUCCUGUCCUACAGAGAUAGAAUUAUACUUUAUUCCAAUUUUUCCAGCUAAGGUAGGAUUGAUAUUGGGACAAUGAAGUGUGGAGACAUUGUAGUCAAACAAGACCCAGUUUUUAACUGAUGUCAACCAUCGCAGGAGGGGUGCUGGAUCGUGGUUGAGGAGGAGGGCGGUCAGAGUGGAUCUUGUCUUUACUUCAUUCCCUGUGAGGUCCAGAGUCCACGAGAGUGUCGUUGGGAUGCUGUCGGGUGUGAACCUCUUCUUGUGCUGCUGCCCUGCUGAAACCCAGCCACCUCAUUGUCAGUGAAUACCUCCACUCAUUUCUCUUGUUCAUUAAGGUCCUGCUGCAAGUGACCUCAUCAAUUAAUUUUGUUGGCUAGUGGACCUGGCCCCCAAUGACCUUGACCAUUGGUCAUGUCGCCGAUUGACCUUGUUAAUUGACCUUGCUGCCCAAUGAUGUUCAUUUAUUACUGCCUUGUGAUCACACCAGCAUUGAUCUCCCUGCCCAUGACCCCAUUCCUGGAUCCCACUAUCCAAGAUUUCAUUGGCUGCUUGCUGUCCAUGCAUCACACCUCCCUUUGGUCUCAUCUCCCUAUUCACACCAACCAUUUAUCAAUGCCCAUUGCUCUCUCUGCCCACUGAUCUUCUUCAUUGCUCUCAUAAUGAAUUCAUCUCACUGCCCAUUCACCAUCCUUCGAUGCUGUUGCCUGUCGAUGUCUCACUGCCCAUUGAUCUCACCACUCUGAUCUCUUUACCAGUUGGUCUCCCUGUCUGUUGGUCUUGCCACAGAUUGACUUCUGCCUAUUGAUCUUGUCCUUUAGUUUUGUUGCUCUUUGAUCUUGCUGCCUCUUGACUUUGCUGCACAAUAACGGAGACACAGGAGACUGCCGAUGCUGGAAUCUGGAGCAACACACAAUCUGCUGGAGGACUCAGCGGGUCAGGCAGCAUCGUGGGCAGGGGGUGGGGGGAGAAAAACCUUCUCGCGAGGUUUCGACCAGAAAUAUCAACAAUUCCUUUCCUCCCACAGAUGUUGCUUGACCCGCUGAGUUCCUCCAGCAGAUCGUUUGUUGCUGUACAAUAAUCUUGCUGCCGUUGAUCCCACUCCCUGGAGCAUACAGCCUGUUGAUCUCACCAGUGAUCUAGCUGACCAUGGCUCUUAUCAUCCAUUGAUUUCAUCGAACUCCCAUCCUGUUGAUCUCCCUGUCCAUUCUACUUGCCAGUUUGUGAUACAGCCGCUUGUUAAUCUUGCCACCCAUUGAUCUCCUCCAAUUAAUGUAACAUGUUUUUGUCCUCCAUUGACGUCACGGCCCAUUUACCUCUGAUCCUAGUCGCCAUUGAUUCCACUGGAGAUUGGGUUAUCCUGCUUCCCAUAGACCUACCGUCCAUUGAUUCUGCUAUCCAACCUUUUCACUGCCCACUGAUCCACUUGUUCACUAUUGCAGGUGCCCAAUGAUCACACAGCUUGGCUGGCUAUUCUUUGAUCUAAGGUUCCAUUGGUUUCACUCACGUUGAUCCAGUUCUUAACAGACUCUCAAUUGUCCUCACUCUCCAGUGACUAUGCUGUCAGCUGUUUGCACCAGCAGUUAGUUAUAUUAUCUACCAGUCUCACUGCCCAUUGAUCCAAAUCUCCAGUGACUUUGCUGUCUAUUGAUCUUACAGACAACUAAUGCCACCGUUGAUUGUCUGUUCAUUGUUCUCAUUGUCAACUGGUUUCUCCCUGCCUCUGGUGUCACUGGCAUUCUUGCAUAAUUGAUCUUGCAUUUGAUUAAUACCGUUAUCUUUGAUUUGAUUCUUUGUUGGUCUCGUAUCUCCUUUCACUCCAAGCAGAUCUCACUGUUGAUGUUUCCCUCUGCUGAUAGAUCAUCUUAUCCAGUGGUCUCAAUAACUAAUUAUCUUAACGCUUGUUGGCUUUGUUGUCAAUUAUUUCACUGUUGUUUGGCCUCAGUUUGCAGUGACCUCACAGUUGAUUGAUCAAUGUAAUUGAAACCAGUGGAUAUGGAAACUGAUGGACCCUUAGAUCAAAGAGAUCACUGAUCUCAUUGCUGAUGGGUCUUGCUGUUCAUUGGUCUCAUUUCCCCUUGAUCUCUCUAUACACUGGUCUCGCUGUUGGUUGAUCUAACUCAUGGUUGGUCUCAUUGGCCAUUGAUUUCUGUUGAUAGAUCUCAGUGUCCAUUGGACUUUGUCCAUUAAUCUCAUUCAUGAUUGGCCUUAUUUACCUUGAUCUCAAUAUUUAUUGUUUCUCACUUUCCUUUGGUCUCACUGCCCAUCGGUCUCUCCACUGAUGUAUCUCUUAACUUAUUUAUCAUAAGACAGCAGGCCAUUCGGCCCAUCAGGCUCGUGUCAACCCUCGGCAGAGCAAUCCCAUCAAUUCCAGUCCUUAUUUUCCCGCACCUAUUCUCUCUCACAGACUCAUCAACCUCCCCCCCCCCCCCCCCCCCACACUUUGAUAUUUCUUUACCACUUUCCUGGGUGAGCUUACAGUGGCUUUGGGAUGCAGAGGAAGACUGGAUCACCCAGGGAAACCCACGAGGUCACAGGGAGAAGGUACAAACUCCACACAGCACCCGAGGUCAGGAUUGGAUCCAUGUGAGUGAAACAGUCUGGUAGCAAUGUCCUUCCCCUUCGCCCCGUGGAGUAGCUGUUUCGUGUCUCUCUGUCCCAUGAUGUGUCUGCCUCAUCAUCUCUCUGUCCAUUGAUCCCACUGUCAAAACAUCUCACCGUUCUUUGGUCUCACUGCCCAUUGGGGUGGUCACUUAUAACUGAGGUGCAAGGAAUUUCUCCUGGUAGGGAGUGGUGAAUUGUGGAGGCCGGACCAUUGGGGGUAUUUAAGAGGAAGUAGAUAAAUGAAAGACCAGGGAGUUUAGGGCUCUGGAGAUCUGGCCCAGAGGAGGAGGAGAGGCCUGGGGCAGAAUGAAUGGUGAAGCAGGCUUGAGGGGCUGAUUGGCCUCCUCCUCCUGUUGUCUGAUGUGCUUGUGUUAAUCCUGCCUCCACUGAUCUUGAGGCAAUCAGUCUUUCCAUUGCUAGAUCUCACUGUCCACUCACCUUUUGUUCAAUCGUCUCAUUAUUCUUUGACUUACCUUUUGAUUAGUCCAAUUAUCCAUGGAUGAAAUCAAUGGGCUGUUACAUUGUGUCUCUGUUGGUCUGACUGUCCGUUUGUGUCUCUGUCCAUUGGAUCUUGCUGUUCAUUAAUCCCACUGUAGAUGCAUCUCACUGUUUCGUGGUCUCGCUGUAUACUGCUAUCAUUGUCAGUUGGCCUCACUUCUGGUUCUCACUGUCCGUUGAUCUCACUCUCAGCUGGUCUCAGUUUCUCAUUACUCACAGUUGCCGCUUUCCUUUGGCCUCGCUGUCUAUUCGUUGCACUGUCGUUGCUUUCGUUGUCCAGUGAUCUGACUGGUUCAUCUCACUCAAUAUCCAUUGGUCUCUCUCUGUGGUUCUCGUGGUCCAUUGAUCUCAUAGGCAUUAAUCUCAUUGUUGACCUCUCUGAUUAUCUUUGGACAUCUCAUGACAUCUCCCUGUUCUUUUUUUCUCCUGUUCAUCGAGCUCACUUUGCCUUAGUCUGUCUGAUGAUUGAUCUCACAGUUCAUUGAUGUAAUUGGCCAUUAAUCUCACUCACUGGUCUCACCAUUCUCUGACAUCACUGUUGACCAGUCUCACUUUUGUUUUCCCCCAUUGUCCUUUGGUCCUCUGGUCAUUGGUUGUACCUUCCAUUGGUUUCAGUGCGCAUCCGUCCCACCGUCGGUCGAACCAAUGGUUGAUUUGUCGUUGAUUAGUUUCACUGUCCAUUGAUUUCACCAUUGAUGGAUUACACUCUGCAUUACACAGGCAGAGCGGUGAUUUGUUACAGCCCAUGUGGUCGUCCUCUGCAAACACUCACAGGAACUUAUCCCCUGUACUUAUUAACUCCUGUGGUGCUGGGAACCUGGUACGAUCCUCUGUGGUCUGCUUCUGUAACUCGCCAAUGGGUUGGUGUGGAGACGCUGCCAGUGAGGGCUGGUGUUGGGUGUACGGGGACAAGUGGUGUAGCCAUGUAGUGCUGAGCUGUGGAGAUGGAACUUUCCUGUUGGAUAUGAUGAAACUUGCUACCUACCCCUCUUUCUCUGGCUGCAUGGCUCUCCCCAGCCCACACAUUUCUCCAUUGUAACAAGUCCACUGGCCAGUAACCAUUGCUGAUCACGUUACUGUGGAGGGCAGGGUCUAGGCCAGGCUCCCAGCACAGCAGUGCUCUCAGUAACAUAGCUCUCUAUGUACUAAUAAUUCCAGUGCCAAUUCAGUCAGCACUCUCAUUCCCAACACCGGACACCAAACAAAGUCCCAGUGUGAUCUCGCUACCCACUGGUCUCACUGCACAUUGAUAUCCCUGUCCUGUCAUCUCACCGUCAACAGGUCUCAACCUCAAUUACUCUCUCUGUCACAUGACCCAUUGGUUGUCUGUCCAUCCUCCUCACUGUUCAAAGGUCUCAUCAUCUGUUGGUUGUACUGUCCACUGGGGCUGAGUGUUGUUGAAUUAAUUAUCCAUUGUCUUGUCCAUCCAUUGGUCACCGAGACAGUAGUGACACAGGUAGACAAGUUGGUGCAGGAGGUGUAUUGGCACACUUGCCUUCAUCGGACAGGGCAUUGGUACAAGAGUUGGGAUGUCAUGUUACAGCUGUACAAGAUGUGGGUGAAACAGCCCCUGGGAUAUGUCUGCCGUUCUGGUCACCAUACUAUAGGAAGGAAGUGAUUAAGCUCGAGAGGGUGCGGAAAGGAUUUACAUGAAUGUUGCCAGGACUGGAGGGCUUGAGUUAGAGAGACUGGAUCGGCUGGGACUGUUUUCCCCAGAGCUUGGGUGCUGAGGGGUGACCUUAUAGAGGCUUAUAAAACCAUGAGGGGCAUGGUUAAGGUGAAUGGUCAGUCUAUUUCCUAAGGUUGGGGAGUCUAAAACUGGAGGGCACAGGUUUAAGCUGAGACGGGAAAGAUUUAAAGGGGAUCUGAGGGGCAACUUUUUCACACAGAGGGUGGUGGGUGUAUAUUGAACGAGCUGCCAGGGGAGGUGGUAGGGGUGGGUAUGACUACAAUGUCUAAAAGACACUUGGAUAGGAAAGGUUUAGAGGACAAAUGGGACCAGCUCAGGUAGGCACCUUGGUCGGCAUGGACAGGUGGUUGAAGGGCCUGUUUCCGUGCUGCAUGACCCUCUGAUCGUCGAUUGAUCUAAUGAAGCUUCUUCUUGCGCUUGAUCGAUCUCAUUAUCCUUUGAUUUCAGUUCUACCUGCUCCUCGUUUCCUCCAGUCUCACUGCCCACUGGCCUCACUGUGGGUCGCUCUCACUUUUCAAUUCAUCUCAUUGUCCAUUGCUCAUGCUGCAUCUUACUAUCACUGUUGUUAAUCUUAAUGUCCUGCCCUCUCACCGUCUCCAUCAGUCUGACCGUCUCCACCGGUUGCACUGUCCACUGAUCUCUCUGUUCCUCUCGCUCUCUCCCCGCAUUGUUCCCAUUUAUCAUGUUCACCACUCUGCCAGCUGGCCCCACUAGCUUCUCUCGAUCUGAACACUACCGCCAUUCUAGAUGGACAUAGAAACAAAGACUUUAGGAUGAGGAGAGAGAGUGCGUCCACCACUCUUUGAGGAUAAGUUCCAAAGACUCUUGAUCCUCUGAGAGAGAAAAUUUUGCCUCAUCUUUGUCUUAGGUGGGCAACCUUUUAUUGUUGAAGUGUUUUUGAACAGUGAACCUUAGCCUGAGGUCCUUCAGCUUUACUCUGCAAGACAUCCCUCCCGUUCCGGGGAUCACUCUAGUAAACCUCCUCUGAGCUACUCCAAAAUGUUUGCAUCCUUCCUUGAAUAAGGAGACCAAUCCCAGACAUGGCAUAGAUGUGGUCCCACCGCUGCACCAUAUAACUGAAGCAGAACCUCUCUACUUUGCACUUCAAUUCCCUUGGCAAUAAAUGAGAGUAUUGUUAACUCUCCUAAUUAUUUGCUGUCUUGUACCAGGGACACCCAGGUCCCUCUGCAUCUCGGAGCUCUGCGAUCUCUCAGAAAUUAGAUAAGGUCUGCUUUUUAUUUGUGUUGCCAAGCUAGAGUUGUACGGUACAGAAACAGGCCCUUCAGUCCAUCAUGUCCAUGCUGAACUUGCCUGUUUAUACUAAUCCUAUUUGCCUGCAUUAGAACUGUAUCCUUCUCUGCCUUGCCUUUUCGAAUCUCUGUCUAAAUGCCUCUUAAACGUAGUGACUGUAUCUGAUUCCACCCCCUCCGCCGGCAGCGAGUUCCAGACAUCAACCACUCUCUGUGUAAAAACAAAUUACCCUCCAGACCCCGUUUAAAGCUCCACCAGCUCACCUUCAACCUACGCACUCUUGUUUUUGAUGCCCCUGUCAUGGGGAAAAGAUUCUGACCAUCGAUGCCUCUUACAACUUUAUGCACCUCCAGGUCACCCCUCAGCCUCCUUUGCCCCAGGGAAACCAGCCCGGCCUAUCCAGUCUCUCCUUAGGACCUCAAUACCUCAUUGUCCAAAACUCUCACAGCUCAUUGACUGAGGGAUCCCUUGAUUUCUUGGUCCAGGGACAAUACUGUCAAUCUCAGAAAUUUCCUUAUGACCUGGUAGGAGGCCAUUGGACUCAUCAAGUCUAUGCUGCCUUACAGAGCGACUCCAUUCUGCACUAAUUCCCCCUGUGACCUGUUCUCGCCACGUUCCCAUCUCCUCCCAUCCACCGAGGAGCAAUUUACAGCAGUCAAUUAACCGACCAGCUUGCACGUCUUUGGGAUAUGGGAGGAAACAGGAGCACCCGGGGGAAACCGACGCAGUCACUGGGAGGACAUGCAAACUCCACACGGACAGGACCAGAGCACAGGAUCGAACCCAGGUAUCUGGAGUUGUGAGGCAGUGGUUCUACCCGCUGCACCACUCGGACUAGUCUCUCUGCCUACUGGUGUGGGUGUCCAUCAUUUGCAGUGCCCAUGGUGUGCUGCUCAUCGCACCAUCCAUCAGCCUCAAUAACCACCGUUCUUUAAUUCCAUCAUCCGUUGGUCACAUGAUUCUUGGUUUCAAUAUCCAUUGAACAUCCAUUUGUUUCAAUUUCCAGUGCUCACAUUCUCUGAUCUCACAGCUCACUGGUGUUACUAUCCAAUGAUGGCGCCAUUGAUGUGCUGCCCAUUAGCCCCCCUCCUCCGAACCUGCCCCUACUGGCCUCAGUGUCCAUGGAUCCCUUAUUUAUUGUCCUUUGGUCUCACUGUCCAUUGAUGUAGCCCUGCACGUUCUCACUGCCCACAGAUCUCAUUGUCCUUUGGUCCUACUUUCUUGACAUUACCUGACAGAGACCUCGCUGUCAUUGGUAGCGCCGUGCAUUUGAUCCAUCAUCUCUCACUGAUGGUUUGCUGUCAUCUGUCCUUUGUCACCGAACUAACUUAUUUACUGUGACAGAUCAAGGCCAUUCAGCCCACAGUGUUGAUGCCAGCUCCCAGCAAUCCCAUCAGGCCCAUUCCCCUUCCCUAUUUCCCUGUAGCUCUGUACUUUAUUCUCUCACAUCUGCUAUCAAGUCCCCUUCAACUCCUCUGCCAGUUACCUGCACUGUGGGGCGAUUACGUUGGCCAAUUAAUAUACCUACAUAUCUUUGGGAUGUGGGAGGGACCUAGUAACCCAGAAGAAACUCACACAGUCACAGGGAAAAUGUGCAAAUUACCUAGAGAGAGCCCCGGAGAUCAGGAUGGAAGCCAGGUCACUGGAGCUGAGAGGCAGCAGCACCACUGCCCCGUGUAGUCCCAGACAACAGAAUUCACCAUCGGUGUCCAACUCGUUCCCAUUGAUCAUCGUCCAGUUACUCUGCUAUAUUUUGGUCUCAUUGUCUUUUGACCAUUCUGUCUACUUACCUGCCUCGCACUCACUUUCAAUCUACGUUAAUGUCCAUUGGUGUCUGUGUCUGUCGCUCUCCCUGCCCACUGACAUCUCACUUCACAUGGUCUCUGUCUCCAUGGAUCUCUUUGUCCAUUGUUCAUACUUUUAGCUCAGUGCCUUUUGAUACCAAUGUCCAGUUGUUACCGUCCACUGAUCUAACCAUUGUUUACUUCACUUUCCAUUGGUUCUGCUGCCCGCUGUUGUCACUUCCUCUUGCCCUCAGUACCCCUUCACUGCAUGAUGUGUUCAUCUUGUCUGUCUGAGUUCACCGUUCACUAAUCUCCCUGUCCCUACACCUUGCUGCCCUUCCCUCUCCCAGUCCAUUGGACCCACUGGUCAUUGCUCUCACUAUCUCUGGAUCUCAUCCAUUCCUCUCAUUGUCCACUGACAACUGGCCGUUCCUCGUCCUGUCAGAUGACAUAACUGCCCGUCGAUGACCUUGUGCAUUGAUCCCACUGCCCAACCAACCAACCAUCUCUACCUUCCUGCAGUUGGGGGCUUUCCACCUCAUUACCAAACACACAGCCCAUUUUGUAUCGUCUGCAAAUUUCUUUAUCGUUUAGGUCUAAAUCAUUAAUCUAGAGUUAGACAGCACAGGACAGGCCCUUCGGCCCACCCUGUCCGUGCUGACCAUCGGGUACCCAUUUAUUCUAAUCUCAUUUACCAGCCUUCAGAGCUUUGGUGAUUCUAGUACUCACCUCGAUAAUUCUUGAACAUUGUGUGAGUCUCUGCCUCCACUAUCCCCUUGGGCUGUGUUAAGAAAAUUCUUCCUCAGGUCCCCUCUUACCAUAAACCUAUACCCUCAACUUCUUGACACCCCUGCUAUGGGGAAAUGUUCCCUACUAUCUAUGCUAUACAUGCCCCUUCUGCAUCCUCUAUCAUCUUCCCCCACCCCUCCCCUUGGCCUCCUCUGCUCCCAGGAAGACACAACCCACACGCUUCAUAACUGAGUUACUCCACCCUAGGCAACAUCCUGGUGAAUCUCCUCUGCACCCUUUCCAGUGCAAUCACCUCCAUCCUAUACUGUACAACAUACACAGUACAACACAUUCAACACACAGGAAGGCAGCGAGAACUGGGCCCUGUGUAACCCCUCUGGUAAGAGCCUUCCUGUCACAAAAAUACCUGUCCACCAUUGUCCAUCACUCAGUUUUGGACCCAGUUUGUUGCUCUCCUUGUAUGCUGUGGACUUUUACUUCUUUGACUUGCCUGCCAUGUGGGACUUUGGCAAAGUCUCCCUAAAAUGUACAAAGAUUACAUCUCAGCAACCUUCGAGAACAAUAUAAUUAAGUCAGUCAGAUUCAACCUUCCCUUAACAAAUCCCUGAUGGCACUCCCUCAUUAAUCUGUGUGUAAUGCUAUUCUUUAGAAAUGAUUACAAUAAUUUGCCACUGCUGAAGUUAAACUAACUAGUCUUUAACUAAAUGGUUUACCCCUUCCUCCAUUUUAAACAACGGUAUAUCAUUAUCCAGCCUGUUUACAAUACUGCCUUUAUUUCUCAAUAUCUUGGUCCCUGGGUCUUGCUGUCCAUUGAUGUCACAUUGACACCGCUGCCUGAUGAUUUCUACUCUUUGCCCUGGGAUAGCCCUUGGCUGCCGUCUGUUGACCACACUGUCCAAUGAACUGCCUGUACCUCAGCCUACUUUUCCAUUGAACUCAGUGCCUUUGAAACUCUGUGCAUUGGUCCAGUGGUCCAUACAUCUCGCUUGCUGUGGGUCUCCCCAUGGUUCACUGCUGCUCCCCACUUAUCCAUUGGUCUCACUCACCAUGAUCUGACUCUCCAAUGAUCUCUCUGCCAACUGACUGAUUAGGCAGUGAUAUCGCUAACUGUUGGUUCAGUCCUCUGCCUGUUCAUUGUUUCCACCCAAGUCAGUGCUCCCAUUAAUCAUCGACCCUGCGGUAAACUGCCCAUUAAUCUCUCUGCCUAUUGGUUGAUUUCCUGUCUACAUGCCUGACUGACCUCAUGUUCUUCAGCACCGGUCCAGUAGUCUCCCCUUCCACCCGUACCACUGCCUGUCGAUUGCACUGCCUAGAUCUCUCUGCCCUUUCACCUCUGAAACCUGCUGACCCCACUGUCAGUUGACUGUGCUGUACAUUGAUCUCCCAGCCCAUUGGUCCAGCUCCCUCACCAGGGAUCUCACCGAGCUCUGAUCUUGCUUUCCAUUUGUGUCUCUGCUGCUCAUUGAUUGUCCCUCCAUGGGUAUCACCGACCACAGCUCACAGUCCCCUUCUCUUGCGGCCAGCACAGUGGCCCUGCCAGCUGAGCUGCUGUUUCACAGCUCCAGUGACCCAGGUUCAAUCCUGACCUCUGUGCUUUCAGUGUGGAGUUUGCACAUUCUCGGUGACUUCGCAGGUUUCCCUGGUGCUCCAGUUCUCUCCCACACCCCAAUGACAUGCAGAUAGGAAUGACAGUCCCUUUAUCUGCCUGUCCAUUGUUCUUGCCGUCCCUUCACCGCUCUUCAAUGAACGUUCAUCUCCCUUACACUCAGUCCAUCAGUACCGCUGUCCAUUGACCUCACUACUGAUACUCACAGAAUCACAGAAGGGGUGGGGGCCAUUCAGUUCAUUGUCUGUCCCAGCUCUCUGUGUGAGAGCAAUCCAACUGAUCCCAUCUACCCACCCUCUCCCUGACUUCUUCUGACCUGUCGAGAGUUGUCUGUCUAUUGAUCCGUCCGUUGAUAUUGUGGUCCAUUAAUGUCACUGCCCAUUGAUCAUGCUGCUCACUGCCCUUUGCACCUAAUACAAUUAAAUCCAGCUUUAAAUAUCUCUCAAUCAGGAAAUCACACAGACAUCAAGGGUCAAUGAAGUCUCUUUGGGAAGCUCCUGGACACCAGGACACCACGUUAUCACUGUCCAUCCUGGUGUGUAAAUUGUCCCGGUCAUCCAGACUUGUGGACCAACACAGUCCCAAACCUAAAUAGAGCAGAUUCCUUAUACUGGUGAAAUGGACCGUCACUCGACUUGUUCGGGAAGAAAUAAUGGGAAGUAAUGAGUAUUGGGACCCUGGUUUCAGCUGAAUCUCUUGGGAGUCUCAGGGAGACUUGUUUCACCUUCCUGUGCAGCAGGUGUCCACCAUGUUGAAGUUGUCUUUGAGUCCCUGACCCCAAGGAAGAAGCAGGAGUUUGUUCUCUCUAUGAGAUCCCUCCAGCCAAACCAUUUCCCAUUUCUCCUCCUCCUGCACAAAAUUUUCCUUUGAGUGACACACCCCAGAUGACAGAGGUUCCCACCUUCGCUCGACUGAAUUCAGUGAUGUGCUCUGGAGACUGGUGCACUGGUUCCAGAAAGGACCUAACCGUCCAGUGUCACUAGACAGGUCUCCAGACCUGAAGGCUGGAAUUAUUUUCAACACCUUAUCUUUACUUAAUUGUCUUAAUAUUUCUGAGUAAACUAUUUUUUGCAGCAUCUAAGCAGGUUGGAUGAUGUUGGAAUCAGCUGGAGCUGAGGAGGCCAAGGUGGCAGAGAGCAGAGCAGUUCUGCACCCCUGAGUCUGCUCUCAGCCCUGGCUCGGACUGCAACUAAAUGAUCAGUUCACACCAGCAGUCAGAAUCCAUCACGUGCACACUCACUGAACGUGUCCCUGCUUCCUGGGUGUUCAUCAGAGGUGUGUCGGGCACUGUGUCUGGUCUCGACCUAGUGAUGGAGUUCCUGGGAUGUGGGCAUCCUCCUCUAAGGAGGCAGUAAGCAGACUGGACCUGCAUACUCAAACGUAGAGGAAGGAGAGGUGAAACAUACAAACUUCUUCUCUGGCUCAGCAGGUCUGAUGCAGCAAAGGUGUUUAUCCUGGUUGGGGUGGAUGGAACCAGAAGGGGUUGGCAAUUUAGUGCAGAGAUGGAAAGAAAUUUCUUCACCCAGGGAGUGGUGAAUAUUUGGAAUUCUGAGUACAUUCAAGGCAGGGGUAAAUAAUUGUUGGGUUAUGAAAGGAUGUGGGAUUAGUGCAGGCAGGUGCAGCUGUGAUCUCACUGAGUGACAGAGCUGAUAUGAGCAGCCAAUGGUGGCUUCAAUUCCUUAUUUUCCAAAGUCAGGAACUCCAUUUGCUAGUAAAUGGCACAUUGGUGAAGUCACAUUGAGUUGAUUACAUCAACCUUUGUCAUUUAAUCCUAAAUGUCAGGUCCAUCCAAUCACCUCUAGACAGUCGAUGACUCACUAGUGAAUUGGGAGCAGGUGACGGCUCAUUGCCAAGGAUCCGCUGCAGACUGGGUCAGUUGGCUGUGGAUGAGACCAAGCAAGGGUGAAGUUGAGGGAAUGACUGAGCUGACUGAUUACAACCAAGUCCUGUCCUGUUGUGGUGGGUGUGAGAUGGUGAGCCUCACCGUGUACUGUGAGGGUAAGUGAGGUUCAGACCAACUCGCCUCUGGGACAGUGACGCACCGACUGAAGACAGGAUCAAGGCAUCUGAGGGAAUUUAGUGUUACAAUUGUCAGGUUCCAAGUUUCUUGAAAAGAGCUGAGAACUUGGGAAGGCUGAUCUCUCUGAAGGAUUUUCCUGCUCAUCCCCCUGUAGCUUUCUCUGGGACAAGACAGCUCAGUGCCAAUGUGAAAGUGAUGUUGUGAUAGUGUACGUUGUUUCUUAAAGCUUUCUCCUUGAGGUGUGAGAUGGUAUUUUAAUCCCAAUGGCAGCAUCUUUGCUAAUGUUCAGUGGCUUUGCUUCUUGUCUGUGACUGCUCAACGCUGUAACUUUGAAUCAUUGGUUUACAUUGAUAAUUGUUGCUGUAAAAGUUUGGAAAUAAAGUCUGUGUUCCAAGA